AAGCUUAGCGCAGGAAGGAUUCCUUCCAACAUCCGACACUUUGCCUUGUACAUGCCGCGACAGACCCUUCGUCUCGUCACGGCUUGCUGCGACGAGUGCAUAUCAGAACUCACUCCAAGCUUAACGACCCGUCCAGAAAUUCCCUGCAAUAUGCAAUCACGCACCUAGCGUUUUCUGACUCCCAAGUCGACGAUCAAUCCACAAUCAAGACUUUGAGCUGAGCCCUUACCAUUUAGUUUUCUCAGACACUCAUAUCAACGAGAGGACAUCAAGGAAGCUAUUUCAUUUUCUUCUUCUUUUCUAGAACAGAAUCAUCCUUCUUGCUCGACCUUACGUCUUUGUCACCAGUCCACUCGUUCUUUUGUGGUCUCAUCCCACACCGUUCUCUUUUGGCGUCAGGACGAAGUUCAGCCGAUAUGAAGCUCUCUUUCGGGUUAUUUACGGCUCUCGCGAUCGUGACGAUGACUGGCGCGACUUCCGAUGCUCCAUCCGCUUUGGAGAUGGCGCAGGCGUCUUACCCAAAGUGCGCGCUUGGGUGUCUAGCCAGGUUGAUACCUCAAUCCCCUUGCACCUUGACAGAUGUCGAGUGUUUGUGCACGAAUGUUUCCCUGAAUGCCAACCUGACGGUAUGUGUUCUUGAAUCAUGCACUACAUAUCAAGGAUUGGUGACAAAAAAUGUCUCUUCAACCAUGUGUGGAGCACCCGUCCGAGAUCAGAGGAUGAAGCCACUUCUUGUGGGCGUCAUUGGUGGUGCUAUCGCUUUGAUGAUAUUCAUCCUACGCAUGUGUUCUGGACUUCCUGCUGGCGGUCGCCCUCUGGGCUGGGAUGACUACACUAUUUGUAUCGCCGUAGCGCUUGGAACUCCACCAACAGUCUUCAGUGUACUCUUAUCCAAAAACGGCCUUGGAAAGGACAUGUGGACUCUACCUCUAGCUAACAUUGAGAAUGUGCUUUUCUAUUACUAUCUCGGCGAGAUCUUCUAUUUCGCGUCACUCACUGCGACCAAGAUCUCGAUUCUAGCGUUCUUCCUACGCGUUUUCCCACAGCAAAACUUCCGCAAGAUCAUUUACGUCGUGAUCGGAAUCUGUGCAGCCUACGGGAUAUCUUUUGUCCUGGCGACAACAUUCCAAUGUCAUCCGGUCCCGUACUCCUGGAAGCAGCUUGAUGAUAGCUACCCUGGCUCAUGCAACAACAUUCACGUCCAAGGAUGGUUGAGUGCGGUUUUUAAUAUUGUCAUCGAUCUGGUCAUCUUGGUUCUGCCGCUGAAAGAACUUUAUUCACUUCAAACCAGCUUGAAGAAGAAGCUCAUGGUCAUGGUCAUGUUCUCACUUGGUAUCUUUGUUACUUUCGUUAGUGUUGUUCGUCUGCACUCUUUGAUUGUCUUUGCAAACUCCCAAAACAUUACGUGGGACUAUAAUGAUGCAGCCUGGUGGAGCACUGUCGAAAUCCACGUCGGCAUUAUCUGUGCGUGCUUGCCGUCUGUUCGAGCCCUCUUUGUGUCGCUCGGUGCUUCGUCGCUUGGUACGACCAAAGCCGCUUCCCGACCAACUGGACGUCAAGCUUCCAGCAUUUCAGCAGUAUCCAGUAGCUCGCCGGGUGGAAGCAAAAUUGGCGCGUUGGUCAAGGAGAAGCCACUCGGUGUUCCAAGAUAUGGAGAUGAAGAAGAUUUCAUCCCGCUGGUCGAUCUUGGCCAUAGCAAAGAUUGACUCGGACUUUCUCUCUGGACUAUCCUUGAGGAGGACGACAAUCAGGUUGGGAACAAGCCUUCUAACACAUAGACUCUUGAGAUACGCCAAGAAACAUGGCUAUUGGGCCAUUUUCACAGAGUAUCGGUAUGGCCGCAAUGCAAAACCGAGAAUGUGGU